GCAAGGAAGAAAUACAGCGCACUAGCAUCUUUGAAAUUGUUAGCUUGUUCCGUGGUGUGUACAUAUUAUGCCAACAAAAGAAGAAAGAUCAACCUCCCAGUCCGAUGCUUCGGGUUUCAGACAUUCCACUCCUCUCGCCACAAUAUCGGCCCCGGCUGCGCUUGAAAGGGAAGACUUGUCAGUUGUCGCGGCAUCCGCAUCAUCAGCGCAUCAGAACAUUUCGGAAACAACUUCAGCUUCCGAUUUUGGUAGCGCUUCGUUGAACGUAAUGGCACGGAUGGACGGGGUCGAGCUGCUCGAUCGGAGUAGUCAGCUCCCUCGGCCUUCCGCGCCUUCGCGACCUGCAUUGGUACCAGCCGAGACAGUGCCUAUAAAUAUCCCAUCGGCUCACCCACCAACCUCCAUUUCACCAAUCAGGAAUACUCUCUCGACGACGGAAAAAAUGGAUGAUUUGGCGGAUGCCUUUUUGUCAGGUCCGUCGCGACGCGCCGAUCAAGGGUUGGAACCAGUUAUACAGCCCGAGCCAUUACCUACGGAUAUUUCUGAACUCGAAAAGCUACGGCUUUUAGUGACGCGCCGCGCUUGGGAGACCGUGGUGGUAGUGGGUAUGCAAUUGCUGCGAGACUCGAAGAGCAUUCAGCAUGCUCCUAUUUAUUCGGCACUUUUGAACAAUCCUGCACAAGCGCUGCCGAGCUUAGAAUCCCAACAAGCAGAAGUUGUCGAAAUUAUGUCUCUGUGUUGCCACGGUUGGUGGAAGUCACGCCAGCGUGAGGCGUUGUGUCAAGAAUUAGACCGGUGGAGUUUUGGACACCACGUUGGUGGACACGCGCCUUCCUGGAUCCCUUGGAGUUUGCACAUUUGGGGCGCAAUCAGUCUUCAGUUCGUUUCUGAGGACGGAUCAGAUGGUGAUCCUGAGCAAAUUGCCAUAGACGCAUUGUGGGCGAUUCGGACGAAAAUUCGGCUAAACGCCGAAAAGGACGCGUCGUUGGGAUCUCAAUCUGCUUCGUUAUUACAGGUGGAGCACGUACUUUCGAAUAUUUUUGUACAGCGCCAAGAAUGGCGCAUGGCAGUAGCAUGCUUGGAACGAAUGAUGGAAGCUUUGGAUGGGCUUGUAGCUAAUGAAGUGGAAACGCUAGUCGAAAAGGGGCAGCGGUCCGUUGCCGCUCUCGUUCUGAAAUAUGCCUACCAAAGUGAGAUAUUAUCACGUCAAGGCCGUAUUCUUUUGCAAGCGGGCGCAGUAUCGGAAGCGGCGCAAAUUUUUCAGCAAGCCUCUGAUGUUUGGAAUGCGUUGGACGAUACCGCCAAAGAGGGAGUGCUAUCCAAGCACGUUGCAACGCGACAUGUACCGUGCCAAUUACUUUCCAACGAGGGACUUGUUUGCUUUGCAUAUGGAAAGUAUGACGAAGCGCUCGAGUUUUUUCGGCAAGCAACGGAGCGCAUGCGAGCCAAUCAAUGCACUGUUCCCGAAUACAGUCGCGACGACUGGGUUGGUUUUGUUCUGGUCAGCAACGAAACGUAUGAAGGUUUGUAUAGUCAAGUACUCAACAAUCUGGCCUUGUGUGCGCUCUAUACCUCUCGUUUACAGAAGGCCAUUCAGGUAAUGGAAAGCUUGAUCCGAGAAGACCCAACACGCUAUCUGACUGAACGUGUAGCAAUGAAUUUAUGCACUCUGUAUGAGCUUGGUGCCGAUACAGCGGUGGCUGCGCGACAGAAACGAACGUUGCAAAUUAUUGCAAAACGAUUCCUCCUGCAAGACAUUGGACCGGAAUGCUUUCGUAGCAACACUUCAGGGUAA